AGCUGUUGCAUGGCUGCAAGGCCCAAACCAUUUUCGCAUGCGUCAUCAGCAAAGUAAAAAGGAGUCACUCACAUAAUGUAAGGAGAUUACGUUGGUGCCCCUGCCGCCGGUGGUCGCCGAUCCCUCACACUCGCAGAAGUCAGUCCACGGCACGGUGUGGUGUAGCCUUCACACGCCGGCCUUGUUACUCUCUACAGCAACCAGCAGCCACUGCCCAAGACACGUCCGGAUCAAAAAAAGUCUCGAAACGCGCGUACGCGCUCGGCUCGUUUUCCUCCGUUACUCAUGUCACGAAAGCUGCCCCGAUCGAGCUGAUCGAGCGGAGGUGUGGACCAAGACGCACCGCCCCUCCCACGGCUGGGUCUUCUUCUCCGUCGUCCACUUUUGCUUCAUCAUCAGUUGUUUCCACGUCUGCAUAUCGGUGCGGCGCGCCUUGCUGGACUCUUCAUUCCCGUCUUCCUCCCUCCUCGCUCCUCGAUCUCAUGGCGUCUCCCGGCUCCGACGAUGGAAGCUCCGCCGCCGUCUGCUGCAUGUGCGGCGACCACGGCCUGCCGCACGAGCUGUUCCGGUGCAACCUCUGCCGCCUCCGGCUGCAGCACAGGUACUGCAGCGACCUGUACCCGCGGGUGCCGGGGCCGUACCGGAGCUGCAACUGGUGCCUCGUCAGGGAGGACGGCGGCGGCGGCGGCGGAGGGGGUGGCUCGCCGGUUAAGGCGGCUGCGGCGGUAGGAGCCGAGCGGAGGCCGAACGGUUCUCGGGACGACGACGACGACCCUAGAGAUCAGGGGGAGAGACCGUGGUGCGGCGGUGGAUGCACCAGGUCGGCCUUCUCGGCGGAUCCUGGAAAGCCGGUCAAGAAGCCCAAGAGGGGCCGCGCGAGAGUGGCGCAGCGGCCGGCGGCGACGAUGGCGCCCAAGAAAAGAGGGGAGGUACAGCAGGCCGGCGCCGGCGGCAGGGGGCGGUUCAGGGUGAAGGUGCGCCGGUACAAGCUCCUCGCCGAGGUGAUCUGCUAGUGAACAAGCCAGCGUGGCGUAACCUUGUUUAAUGGAGUACGUACUACAAGUACCUAGCUUGUAACCCUGGGACUCGAAUAAGCUCAAAUUCUGUACAGCCCAGCUGGGAGCUUGGCCCUAAUUCAGUACCUUAUUUUGGGCUGGGCUUCAUUCACCUCGCAUAGCAAAGUGAUUCUCCAAGGGAAA